AUGUCAUCUUUAUCCUGCCAGUAUUCUAGAUCUGCUCCUGAUAAUGUAACUAGUGGUGGCUAUGGUGGUGGUUACGGUCAGCGUUCUGGUUCUGCCGCUGCCGCUGCCGCUGCUGCUCGUUCUAAUGGUGCCGCUGCUGCUUCUUUUGGUUCUCUUGCUGGUGAUAGUGCUUGCCAUCAGGGUUCUGGUUCUGAUGUCGCUGACGCUGCCGCUGCUGCCGGUGCUGCUGCUGCUCGUGAUUAUGUUGGCUAUGGUGGUGGUAAUCAAGGUCAGGGUGGUUUCGGGGGUUCUAGACCUGGUUCUGGUCACGGUCACGGAAAUGGUGGAGUUAAUGCAGACAAUCUUUCAGAAAUUUUCAGUAGCAUUGCUUCUUCAGUUUGGAAAUCUAAUCCUGAUUUGAGUCAAUGUGAGAUCUUGGUUCGAACCUUAUCUGAAGUAUUUAUUCCAUUAGCAAACAUAUUAAGUAGCUCAUCCGUUUGA